AUGGCGUCCCUCGUCUCCUCCCCCGAAGAUUCCAAAUCGCUGUCCGUCACCACCUCGUCGCUCUUCCUCUCCUCCAUCGCCUCGCUCCCCUCUUCCCACGCCUUCUCCAUCCCCACCUCCGCCUCCACGCCUCUCCCGCCCGUCCCGGCCUCUGUGCCUCCCACCGCGCUCAUCCCGGGCUCCCGCUUCCUCGUCGACGCCUUCCGCCAUGCCGGGGACUUCUCUGUCGCUUACUUUCUCUCGCACUUCCACUCCGACCACUACAGUGGCCUCGGCCCUUCCUGGCGCCGCGGCCUUGUCUUCUGCUCCGCGCCAACCGCACGCCUCGUCUCAUCCGUGCUCUCUGUCCCGCCUCAGCUUGUCGUCUCCCUCGAUGUCGGUGUCCGUAUCAGCGUUGAUGGGUGGAGCGUCACCGCCGUGGACGCCAAUCACUGCCCCGGCGCUGUCCAGUUCCUAUUCGCCUCCCCUGGGCCGAGCGCCGAGAGGUAUGUGCACACCGGUGACUUCCGUUACACAGAGUCUAUGACGCGCGAUGCUAACCUGCUGGAGUUCGUCCGUGCUGAUGCCGUGUUUCUGGACACCACAUACUGUAACCCCAAGUUUACAUUCCUUUCGCAAGAGGAUUCUGUGGAUUACGUAGUGAAUGCAAUCAAACGUGUGAAAGAUGAGAGUUCAGUAUCAGGAGAGCGUGUGCUGUGUCUGAUCGCGACCUAUGCGGUCGGCAAAGAGAGGAUUUUGCUGGAGGUUGCACGGCGCUGUGGGUGUUCAAUCCAUGUGGACAGUAGGAAGAUGAAAAUUUUGACAGUGUUGGGGUUCGGUGGGGAGAAUGGCGUUUUUACUGAGGAUGCAACAGGGACAGAUGUGCAUGUUAUUGGGUGGAAUAUCUUAGGGGAGACUUGGCCCUACUUCCAGCCGAAUUUUGUGAAGAUGAAGGAGAUCAUGAUGGAGAGAGGGUAUGCGAGGGCUGUCGGGUUUGUACCAACUGGGUGGAUGUAUGAAACCAAGAAGGAAGGUUUUGCUAUUAGGGUGAAAGAUUCACUCGAAAUCCAUCUUGUUCCUUACAGUGAGCAUUCAAGCUACAAUGAGUUGCGCGACUAUAUUAAGUUUUUGCACCCAAAGAGGGUGAUCCCUACUGUUGGCGUGGAUGCUGGGAAGCUCGAUAGUAAGGAGGCAGUUGCUCUGCAGAAGCAUUUUGCUGGGUUGGUUGAUGAGACAGCAAACAAACAGGAGUUCUUGAUGGCAUUCCAUCGUAGGUCGGUAGAUGCUACUCAUAGCUGCAAACAUGUGGUUGCUAAAUGCUCGAACCAGCAUGAUAGGGAGGAUGCUGCUUUGUUACCAGCAAUCACUUCUGCUUCUGAACAACAGGAUACUCUGAGGGAAAAUAUUACGCAGGAAAUGAUUAAAGAACUAUCAGAUUUCCUACCCUCGUGGGUCAGCCAGGAACAGAUCACGGACCUGCUGAUGAGUUCAGGUGGUGAUGUUGUUAAAGCAGCAUCUGAUUUUUUUGAGCGGGAAAGAGAUUUCUUUGAAGAAGCAAAUGUUUCUUGUAAUGACACACCCAAGUCAGAGAAAAACCAUUCUUCUGAUCAUGGGUCUUCUGCUGAUGUAAGUAGUCAGCAAGAAUCUCCUUUAUUUUCGCAGAAGCCAGUGGAAUACUCUGCAAAACUGGUAAAUUUGUCUCCUAUGAGAAUGAAACUAAAUACUCCCAAAAAGGUAAAUAAGAGGGGUUCCAGCACUACAAAGAAGCCAAAAAAGAAAGGACGAUUAACUUCCUCAACAGAAUCUGGUGGGCGCAAGCAGUCCACAAUUACAAAUUAUUUCAUUAGAGCUACAGAAGCCACAGAAGCUGCUUUUAAAAGGGUAAGGACUGAAAAAGUAACUGUGGAGGCACAUCAAAAUAAUGUGGAAAAUGGUGAUCAGUUAGCUGAUACUGCAAAAACACAAGAUCAGAGUUUAGACCAGCUUCUCCAGAUUGUAGAUGGUAGCAUGUCUAGAGAAUAUGCAGUUUCUUUGCUUGAGAAGGCAAAUGGAGAUGUGGCGGUGGCAGUUGACAUAUUUUACAGUUCAAGUGAGAGUAACAAUGUAAUUGGCGUUGAUAAGAAUAUUGUGCUGCAGAAUGCACAAAUUGAAACUGUAGAUAAAUGUAGUAAAACAGACAUGGCUAGUGAUUCUUCUCAGGCUACUCCAAAGAUGUCAAACUUACAUGUAGGAACUUCUUUAGCACAUGCAGAUUCUGCCAAUACAUCACUGCCAAUUGAAAAGUAUCUACCUAUUGAGCAUGCUUGCUGGACAGCAGGACAGCCUGCACCAUACUUGCAUUUGGCUCGCACAUUUGAUUUGGUUGAAAAGGAAAAAGGAAAGAUCAAAACUACCUCAAUGUUUUGCAACAUGUUCAGGAGUUUGCUUGCCUUAUCCCCUGAUGAUGUUCUACCUGCUGUUUAUCUAUGUACUAAUAAAAUUUCUCCUGACCAUGAAAAUAUGGAACUGAACAUUGGUGGGAGUCUAGUUGUAACUACUCUGGAGGAAUCAUUAGGAACCAGCAGAUCUAAAAUACAUGAAAUGUACAAAACUUACGGUGAUCUUGGUAAUGUUGCUCAAGAAUGUCGUCAGAAUCAAACGCUACUUUCUCCUCCCCGCCCUCUCUCGAUUUGUGAUGUAUAUUCCACGCUUCGGAAACUAAGUGCAAUAUCAGGUAGUGGAAGUGCUGGGAGGAGAAAAAUACUUGUCUUGCAUCUUCUUCGGUCCUGUAGAGAAACAGAAAUAAAAUUUCUUGUCAGAACACUGGUUCAUAACUUGCGUAUUGGGGCUAUGAUGAAGACGAUAUUACCUGCGCUUGCACAUGCUGUUGUUUUUGAUAGAAACUGUGCAGCAGAUCCUGUGGUGUCCUUGGAAGGCAUAAAAUCACAACUACAGAGUCUUUCAACUGAAGUUGCUGAGGCAUACAAUGUCCUUCCUAAUCUAGAUCUGCUCAUUCCUUCUCUUCUGAGAGAAGGCACUGCAUUUUCAGCUUCAUCCUUAGCAAUGGUGCCUGGCACACCUAUUCCGCCUAUGCUUGCAAGAAUUACUAACGGGUUGACUCAAUCAUUGAAAGCUUUCCAUGGCAGAUCAUUUACUUGUGAGUACAAGUAUGAUGGUCAGCGUGCCCAGAUUCACAAACUACCUGAUGGAUCCAUGCGGAUAUUUUCAAGGCAAAUGAAAGAAUCAACUUCCAGAUUUCCUGAUCUUGUGAACAUGAUUAAGGAGCUGUGCAAGCCUGAAGUGUCCAGCUUUAUACUGGAUGCUGAGGUGGUGGGAAUUGACAGGAAGAAAGGAAACAAGUUGAUGUCGUUCCAAGAGCUAUCUUCAAGAGAAAGAGGGAACAAGCAUUCCUCAAUUUCAAUAGAGAACAUAAAGGUUGACAUUUGUGUGUUUGUUUUUGACAUCAUGUUCCACGGUGGAGAGAGGCUACUGGAUUGCCCUCUUCGACAAAGAAGAAAGUACAUUCAUGACUUGUUCCAGGAGAAGCCAGGAUAUUUUGAGUUAGCUCAGCAGCUAACUGUAGAAGCCAACGAAGCUUCACCAGACAAUUCUAGCACUUUAGCUAGGAUGAACACAUUUUUCAAAAAUGCAUGCCAGUCUUCUUGUGAGGGUAUAAUGUUAAAGACUUUGGAUGUCGAUGCUAGAUACUCUGCUUCCAAACGCUGCGAUUCAUGGUUAAAGGUCAAGCGUGACUAUGUGGAAGGCUUAGGUGAUAGCCUUGACUUAGUUCCAAUUGGUGCAUGGUAUGGAAAUGGACGUAAAGCUGGGUGGUACAGCCCUUUUCUCAUGGCAUGCUACAACCCUGAAACUGAAGAGUUCCAAAGUGUAUGCCGUGUUAUGUCUGGUUUCUCAGAUGAGUUCUAUAAAGAGAUGAAGGAGUUUUAUUCGGGGGAAAGGAUACUGCCCAAGAAGCCUGUUUACUACAAAACAGAUGAGCAACCAGAGCUGUGGUUCACCGCAGAACAAAUUUGGGAGAUCCGAGGUUCAGACCUGACGUUGUCCCCUGUUCACCAUGCGGCCAUUGGGCUUGUCCAUCCAUCGCGCGGCAUCUCAGUGAGGAUGCCCAGGUACAUCCGUUCAGUUCCAGACCGGAGCCCAGAGGACUGCGCCACGGCCGCCGAUAUUGCUAGCAUGUUCAAAGCUCAGACCCGGAAGAUGGAUGUCAGCAGCGAGGGCCAGGAGUAG